AUGACUUUAAGACGUAAUUUAUUACGUUCACUAUUCGUCUGUUUAGUCGUUGUCUUUCUUUCGCUAACACUAGUUUACAAUCGACUCAACUUUUACUCAUCUGGUCCUCCUAUUCCUGACGGUGUCAAUCUUCAGCCGUCGUUCAGUCAAGAAAAUAACGCAAUUGAUAAGAGCAAAGACGCCUAUCACCUUGAAAGUUCAUUCAAAGAUGAUUUACAUGCAGCUCCACUGCAACUGCAGUCACCACUUCAGUCUGCGGCAAAACAAAUCUCUCCCCUUUCUCAGGCAACUUUUAUUGAGGAGAUGCAAAGUGAGAUUAGCCGUCUUCGCCAGCGUCUCGAAGAGAUGGAACGUAAACAGGCGUCCUUUGAAGGGCACCAAAAUGGAGCUCAACUCUUUCCGCCAUUGUCAUCUUCCUCCUCUUCACGUCAUCACCAACAACAACAGGGCAGCAGUAAUAACUAUCAGCAGUACAUGAAAACCAAACAGCUGCCAUACUCGGAGAAGAAGCGCAUUCUCAUCACUGGCGGCGCCGGCUUUGUCGGCUCUCACCUUCUAGAUCGACUACUGCUGGACGGACAUGAGGUGAUAGUGGCGGAUAACUUUUACACGGGUCGUCGACUGAACAUCGCCCACUGGAUCGGCCACCCCAACUUUGAGCUGCUGCACCACGACAUUGUCAAUCCGCUGUACGUGGAGGUGGACGAGAUCUACCACCUGGCCAGUCCGGCCAGUCCGCCGCACUACAUGAUGAACGCCGUGAAGACGAUCAAGACGAACACCGUGGGGACCAUCAACAUGCUGGGCCUGGCGAAGAGGGUCGGCGGCCGAAUUCUGGUCGCCUCCACCAGCGAGGUCUACGGCGACCCUACGGUCCACCCUCAGGCGGAGACGUACUGGGGCAAUGUCAAUCCAAUUGGGCCGCGCUCCUGCUACGACGAGGGCAAGCGGGUGGCGGAGGCGCUGACGUACGCCUACGCCAAACAGGAACGCCUCGAGGUGCGCGUCGCUCGCAUCUUCAACACCUACGGCCCGCGGAUGCACGUCCACGACGGCCGAGUAGUGUCCAAUUUCAUCAGCCAGGCGCUGCAAGGCCGGCGACUGUCGGUGUACGGCGAGGGCCGGCAGACGCGCUCCUUUCAGUACGUCACCGACCUGGUGGAGGGCCUGGUGCGGCUGAUGGCCGCCAACUACAGCCAGCCAGUCAAUCUGGGCAACCCGGAGGAGACACGGAUCGCCGACUUUGCCCGCAUCGUCCUCGACCUGGUGCACGGCUACGCCCACAUUGAGCACUUUCCCACGCCGGUGGACGACCCUCGUCGACGGCGGCCGGACAUUAGUCUGGCGAAGCGGACGCUGCACGGCUGGACGCCCAAUGUGACGCUCGAGGAGGGACUGGUCAAGACGAUCGACUACUUCAGAGGAGAGCUGAGACUGUCUUUGGGCCAAAGUAGAAAUUCCAAUGGUGGUAGAAGUAGUGUAGAAACUUAG